UAUUAUCUUCCCCUCUCCGAGGACGAGGCGCAUGGCGUCUGAGUUACAACGAAAUAAAUGGAAAUAAAACACGUGAAUAAAUAAAAUUAAACCCGUCAAUCACACGCAGAGAGUAUGACUAAUUAGUAGCAGUUGCCAUGGGAACAGAGGAGGAACGUAAAGCUGCGGAGGGUUUUUAUCCGGGUGAGGAGGAACAAGAGGAGUGGAUGUGCAGCGCCUUUGACAUGGCCAAAGAUGCUCUGGAGAACGGAGAGGUGCCGGUCGGGUGUCUGAUGGUCUACAACGAUGAAGUCGUGGGAAAAGGGCGGAACGAAGUCAACGAGACCAAAAAUGCCACACGGCAUGCUGAGAUGGUGGCCCUGGAUCAGCUCCUGGACUGGUGUCGCCGCGGCAACCUGGAUGUGAGCAGCGUGUGCAGGCGGACGGCGCUGUACGUCACCGUGGAGCCGUGCAUCAUGUGUGCUGCAGCCCUGCGCCUGCUCCACAUCCCGGUGGUCGUGUACGGCUGCAGGAACGACCGGUUCGGAGGCUGCGGUUCAGUUCUGGACGUCUCCUCUGCAGACUUACCUGAGACCGGGACCACAUUCAAGUGUGUUUCCGGUCACAGAGCAGAAGAAGCUGUAGAGAUGCUGAAGACUUUCUACAAACAGGAGAAUCCAAACGCCCCGAAACCCAAAACAAGGAAGGACUGAACUCUUCUACACACAUCAGUUGUAUAUCCAGUUUUAUAUCACCUGUUUUAAUUUAUUUUUUAUUAAAUAAAAGACAUUAUAAAUGAUUCUCAGUGUGUC